AUGACAUUGUAUUUUCUUCAACCUCCCCUGGAUGGCAUUGUAUUUUUCCCCACCGUGGAUGGUGUUAUUUUCUUUUCCUCCUUGGAUGGCAUCCUUUUUCUUUUCCUCCUUGGAUGGCAUCCUUUUUCUUUUCCUCCUUGGAUGGCAUCCUUUUUCUUUUCCUCCUUGGAUGGCAUCCUUUUUCUUUUUCUCCUUGGAUGGCAUCCUUUUUCUUUUCCUCCUUGGAUGGCAUCCUUUUUCUUUUCCUCCUUGGAUGGCAUCCUUUUUCUUUUCCUCCUUGGAUGGCAUCCUUUUUCUUUUCCUCCUUGGAUGGCAUCCUUUUUCUUUUCCUCCUUGGAUGGCAUCCUUUUCUUUUCCUCCUUGGAUGGCAUCCUUUUCUUUUCCUCCUUGGAUGGCAUCCUUUUCUUUUCCUCCUUGGAUGGCAUCCUUUUCUUUUCCUCCUUGGAUGGCAUCCUUUUUUCUUUUCCUCCUUGGAUGGCAUCCUUUUCUUUUCCUCCUUGGAUGGCAUCCUUUUCUUUUCCUCCUUGGAUGGCAUCCUUUUCUUUUCCUCCUUGGAUGGCAUCCUUUUCUUUUCCUCCUUGGAUGGCAUCCUUUUCUUUUCCUCCUUGGAUGGCAUCCUUUUCUUUUCCUCCUUGGAUGGCAUCCUUUUUCUUUUCCUCCUUGGAUGGCAUCCUUUUUCUUUUCCUCCUUGGAUGGCAUCCUUUUUCUUUUCCUCCUUGGAUGGCAUCCUUUUUCUUUUCCUCCUUGGAUGGCAUCCUUUUUCUUUUCCUCCUUGGAUGGCAUCCUUUUUCUUUUCCUCCUUGGAUGGCAUCCUUUUUCUUUUCCUCCUUGGAUGGAAUAUUUUCCCCUUUAGGACAGUGCUGUAUUUUCUCUCCCCUUUGGACUGUGUCCGUAUUUUUUUUCACCAAUAGUAUGGCUUCAUAUUUUCUCCCCAUCUACCCUCUGUGA